AUGACAAGUUUGUUUAAAGAGGAACAAGCUUGUGAAUCAUCUAAACAUGCGUCCACGAGCAACCAAUCAAUUUUUGAUCAAGAAACGGGUUCUUCAAAUACAUUGGAAAAAGGGCAAAGUGAAGUCAUAGUUAAAAGUCCCUCGUUCAUAUGCUUUACACUACUAAUGGAUAAAACCCUUGUUAGAAUGGUUGUAGCAGAAGCAUUGGGGAGUUUUAUCGUGAUGUUCAGCAUAGGUGGGAUAAUAAAAAGCACAGAAUUGAUGAGAGGUGUAGGUCUAUUAGAGUAUGCGGUCACUGCAGCGUUAGCAGUGGUCAUGGUGGUUUUCUCUAUAGGACACAUUUCUGGUGCUCAUGUUAACCCUGCAGUCACCAUAGCAUUUGCUACUGUCGGUCCAUUUCCAUGGAGAAGGGUCCCCUUGUAUAUACUGGCCCAAGUAGCAGGUUGUGCCAUGGCAACAUAUGCUGGAGUGUUGGUGUACGGCAUGAAACCGGAGGUGAUGACGACUAGACCACUUCUGGGAUCGAAUGCAGCAUUUUGGGCAGAGUUUUUGGCAUCCUUCUUCGUGCUGUUUCUUACGGCUUCCUUGGUUCAUGCACCCCCAUCUGUAACACAGUUUUCUGGAUUUAUUGUAGCAGUUGGCAUUGCACUUGGAGUCCUUAUUACUGCGCCAAUUUCUGGAGGAUCGAUGAACCCGGCAAGGUCUUUAGGCCCUGCCCUUGUGUCAUUUAACUUCCAUGGAUUAUGGAUAUAUUUAACAGCACCAAUACUUGGGGCUGUUUCUGGUGCUUUCAUGCUUCGUAUGCUGAAGCCUUGUACCUCUUCGACUUCAUCUCCUUCUUCCUCUUCCUCAUCUCGACGAUCUCAAUUUCUUCAAAUUCAUUAA